AUGGUCCCUUCAAAAAGCCUUCGACCUCUGCGCUCCGCCACCAAGACGCUCAACUCGCUCCCUGUCGCUUACGCAGGUGCUCAGGUAGCAUCGAGAAGAUAUGCAGGUUCAAUUGCGAACUUCAAGCUCCCCACAAUCAACAAUGAGCCAAAUCAACACUACGCGAAAGGCUCGGUCGAUAGGCAGAGGCUGCAAGAAGCAAUUGCAAGACUGAAGAAGCAAGGCCCGGUCCAGGUACCGCUCGCAGUCGGCGGAGAAUACAUCAACAACUCCUCCAUCCUCACACAACAUAACCCCUCGUCGCACGCAGACGUUGUUGCCAAGUACUCCAAUGCAAGCAAGGCAGACGUAAAGAAGGCGAUAGAUUCGGCAUUGGCAGCCAAGCCAGCAUGGGAAGCGUUGCCAUUUGCUGAACGCGCUGCUGUAUUCUUGAAGGCCGCCGAUCUGGUUUCCACCAAAUACCGGUACGAGAUCAUGGCUGCGACUAUGGUGGGCCAGGGCAAGAAUGCUUGGCAAGCUGAGAUUGACGCAGCGGCCGAGUUGUGCGAUUUCUUGAGAUUCAAUGUCAAAUACGCCGAGGAAACAUACGGAAUCCAACCAACACACAACUCUCCAGGAGUGUGGAACCGCGUCGAAUACCGCCCAUUGGAGGGCUUCGUAUACGCCGUGUCUCCCUUCAACUUCACGGCAAUUGGCGGCAAUCUUCCUGCUGCACCAGCCCUCAUGGGUAACGUUGUUGUCUGGAAGCCAUCUCCUGCUGCUAUUACCUCCAACUGGCUUCUUUACCAGAUCCUCAUUGAAGCUGGACUGCCACCGAACGUAGUCCAAUGGGUUCCUGGUGAUGCCGUUGAAGUGACCCAAGAAGUUCUUUCUCACAGACAAUUUGCCGCACUCCACUACACGGGAAGCACAGCAGUUUUUAGAUCUUUGUACGGCAAGAUUGCUGGUGGUGUCGCGGAGGGCAAAUACCAGAGCUACCCACGCAUCGUUGGCGAGACUGGUGGCAAGAACUUCCAUCUCAUCCACAAAGAUGCCGAUAUUCACAACGCAGCUAUUCAGACCGUCCGGGGUGCCUUUGAGUAUCAGGGGCAAAAGUGCAGCGCUUGCUCCCGUCUAUACGUACCAAAAUCCGUCUGGCCCGAGUUCAAGGAAAUUCUCGUCAAGGAAGUCGAAGCCCUCAAGAUUGGCGAGCCAUCUGACUUUUCCAACUUCAUCGGCCCCGUCAUCCACGAAGCUUCCUUCAAAAAGCUUUCCGGUGUCAUCGAUGAGGCCAAGAACGACUCGGAGUUGAAGCUCAUUGUUGGCGGCAAGCACGACAGCAGCAAGGGCUACUUCAUCCACCCCACAAUUUACGAGACUACGAACCCCAACCACCCUCUCCUGUCUCGCGAGCUCUUCGGGCCCAUCCUCGUUGCUUAUGUAUACGACGACGCCGCACCCGACGCCUUCACAAAGAUUAUCAAGCAAAUUGACGAGACUUCCGAAUACGCCUUGACUGGUGCCGUCUUCGCCAAAGACCGCGAGACGAUCAAAUACGCAUCGGAUAAGCUCCGCAACACUGCCGGCAACUUCUACAUCAAUUGCAAGAGCACAGGCGCCGUGGUUGGACAACAACCCUUUGGUGGCUCACGCGCAAGUGGUACCAACGACAAGGCUGGAAGCGCAAACCUGUUGGCUCGCUUUGUAAACAUGAGGUCGAUCAAGGAGGAGUUUUUGCCUACAGAAAAGGUUGCAUAUCCCAGUAACGAGGUGUAA